UUUGAACCAUUUGAAUGGAAUCAUCAACGAGUGAAUUCAUCUUCUCAACACAUGAUAGUAGCUCCAUCUGUUGACUCUUUGAAACAAAGGUUCAAUCAACCGAGAGACCAUAAUUAUGAGAACCAAUACAAGUCAUCAAAUCUCCUGUCCUUCCUAAACUGAAACCAAAACUGAAAACUGAAACUUCAGAUAUUCAAAACAGCCAUUUUCACUAACCGCUGAAGGUCACUAAAGACGGAAAGGUGGUUAAAUCGUUCGUUUUCUAGUCAUAGUCGUUUUGCGUCUCGUUCGUCCCAAUGCUUCAUGAAUUCGCUGGUUGGUAUAGAAGGUGGCGAUUCGGUGAAGGGACACGUAUUGAUUUAGUUUUAAUUGGCCCACCAGGUAGUGGAAAAGGGACUCAGGCAGUCAAAAUAGCUGAACGUUAUAAAAUCUGCCAUUUAUCUACUGGAGAUAUUCUUAGAGCCAUUAUAGCAUCAGGAUCAGAACUUGGUCAAAAAGUACAGAAAAUUACGGAAUCAGGAGGACUUGUUUCAGAUGACAUCGUUUGUGACCUAAUCGCACAAAAAAUCAAUUCUCCGGAAUGUAAAAAUGGACUUCUAUUCGACGGGUUUCCACGCACACUAGAACAAGCCAAAAAACUUGAUAACCUUCUUAGAGAUCGUCAGAUUCAUCUGUCGGCUGCCUUGGAAUUCAAGCUCGAUCCUACCAUCUUGGAAAAAAGGAUUUGUGGCAGGUUAUUCCACUUAGCUAGUGGUAGGUCAUAUCAUGAAUUGUUCAAUCCCCCGAAAGUCCCCAUGGUAGAUGACGUAAGUUACAUUUUCUUAAUAAUAUAAAUGUCUACUUAUCGUGCCUAAUAGAUAGUUCUUAGGUAUAUUGUUGUGUAAGCCUUUUGAUGUAGACAAUCGAGUUAUUAUUUUAGUCUUGAUUGCACGCACUAUACGUAUAUUUCAACGUAAUCAAAUAGAUAACGAACUAAAUUAUUCAAACUACUUUUUUUGUCUACCCUGGGUUCUGUGCUUCUGAAUUCCUCAAGUUUUUUAUUUCUCUGAUUUACGUUUCUUUGAUUCGUUACUUCAAUCGUCAAUAUUUUCUAUUGCCAGUGGUACUGAUACCGUUUCUACUACUAUGGUUCACCCUAGCAAUUUCGUCCCGCUGUGCUAGUAGUGUAUGGCAACCUUAGUCAAUGCACAUACGCACCAGGUUGUGCGUUGAAAUUGACUGGUCUGAACUUUUUUUCAAGUUGUCCUCGUGAAGGUUCGUUAGCUGGUGUUAUAAUGUCUUUCGACUCCUAAUCUUUGAGCUAAUUGCAACACUGACUUAGUUAAGGCUCUUUAGAGAUCUUUUCUCUUACUUAGAAUUUCCGCCGUCAUGUCUGCAUUGGUCUUCAUAUGGUGGCAAAGUGAACGGAUAGGUGAGAUAAUCUGACCGUUCAAAAUGCAUUGUGGUAAUAUAUCACAGUCUAUAAAGCUUCAUCUUUUUGAAUUACCGAAAUAUCAUAUCUUUUGCCUUUUGUACGUGAAGAACUACCCAUUCAUUCUAUUCUAUUGUAUUCUAGUGGUCAUGUUUGAUAGUCAGAUUUCCUUUUGUAAUGUUAUUCGGGUGUGCUCGAGAUCGUUUGUACCUAACAUCAUAUGUUAGAUGGUAUUUAGGACCGCUCCUUAUCUCAUCCAAUCCUUUUACUAAGGACUAUUGUCUCCAGUCCAUGUGUUAAGAUUGGUAAAAUUAUGGAUUCUACAAGUUUUGUUUCAGUAUUCCGACUCAUACCAUUAGCUCGCCAUACUGGACUUAUUUUUAUUGUGGUAUGUUUAGCUUUUAUCAGGUUGACAUUAUUCGUGUCACUAGGGUGACCUUCGCUUCGAACUAUCGAUCCCAGGUACUUAAGAGAGUUUGCCUCCUUUAUCGUGCUAUCACCUAUGGUGACUGAUUACUGGUGAUCGUCUCGUCCAUCGCUCCGAUGACAAACCUGAAGCUUUGAAAAAGCGCUUGUAUGAGUAUGAGAAAAAUGCAACACCUAUUUUACAUUUCUAUGAAUCUCAAAAUAAACUACUUCGAAUAAACGCAAACAAAGAUGUUAAUCAGGUGUUCAGUGAUAUUCAGGAACUUAUUCGUGUGAAAUUAGCAGAGGGACGAUAGGCGUAUAAAAUGUUCUUAGUGAUCUUAUUUUAGUGUUUAAAUUAAAAGACUACUUCGAACAAUAUCUACCACUAUACUUUCCUGGGUUUUUAUUGAUGGAUAGUUUCCCUAAAAACAAUAACCAAAUUAUGUGUAGUUUUGCUUUCUUGAGAUUAAUUUUGUGUAUUGCAUAAUAAAGACCUCCAAUUAUCAUAUACCGUAUUUUCAAUCAAAUUUUUAGGUUUUCGUCCGCUUCAACCCUUCACAUUAUUAGUUCAAAAAGAAUUAAACGUUCUGCUUUCUCAGGACGUUACGUUUGUAAUUACUUUACUCAUUUCUUGAGGUUUAUGGUAGUUCCUAGUAAUUCUAACUUGGUUGACGUAUAUUGUCGUGAUGGAGGUAAUAUUGGGGGAAGUGCAACGCUUGUGUCUAGUUUAUAGAUUAUCUUUUGUAUAAUUGUACUUCUAUGUUUUCCUUGUUGUAAGCUUCCAGUAAAUCUAUUAACUAUUGUUGUAUGAUUUAUUGUUCCUCAAUUAUGUACUGUUUGCUACAUUCUCUGCCACUUAUAGCACAUCUGAGGUGCGUUGCGGUCCGAUAACUCAAGUAUAUAGACUAAUGUGUGUUUGAGAUCGAUGUAAUGGAUGCCUAAAAUAUGUAACGGAAGCUUGGCUGAUGUCUUUUUUUAUUCAGGGCCCAGGUUGGGAAUCAACGGACCAAUAUGGGUCAAGCGAACAUUACCCUCAGCCCAUAGAUAACUGUGUUGGCCGGCACAUAUCACUAGUCAAGGCUUGGGACGCUAGACAUAUACGGAAAAAUACAAGCGGAGUGAUGAAAUUAUAAUCGGAAUUUCGAUUAGCGAAUCUAGCAAGUGAUAUUUAUUAACGUCUCAAAUAUAACAAAUGCUAUUC